GUCUUCCCUCAUUGUGGAGAGAAGCAAAGCCUAGUUUUUAGCCGAUUUUUUUCACUCCACUCUCUCGCGAGCCGCGAGGCGUUUGCUUUUUCCUUUGCUCCCAGUCGAGGGAAAAUCUUCGUCUUGGCUGGGCAGAAACGCUCGCGCCGCGACGGCCCACGAGCAGGAAGCGCGAGAAUUCGAUCGAUUUCGGGGCGAAUUGGCAGCGCCCAAGUGCGGAUUUGGGCCCCGGCGAUGCUGCAUUAGCUCACAUUUCGUGUCGGUGGUGGCGGCCAGGGCGGCGUGAGCGAUCGCAGCGCUCGCGAUUGUGAGAGCGAGAGCUACAUUGACGUGCAUUACGCGGGGACCGGAAAUUCGCCGCCACACAAGGGGAAGAACAGAGCACCCAAUUUCCACGCGAUUCUCGCGUGCGAUCGUAGCACCUCAUCGAUCGAUCGGGAGGAAGAAUCGAGCUUGGGAGCGAUGGUGGUGAAUUUCGACCGCCAGACUUACAACGCGGAGCUCCUCCUGCCCACGAAAUUGGAGAAAUUGAAGCCCGGAUACCAAAUUGGACCGCUGUGGCUGCGGCCUCUUCUCACCACCAAAUUCUUCGACACUUGCGAGGUCCAUGGCGACAGCAACCGUAACGAGUGCAAUCUCUACUGCCUGGAUUGCCGAGGAGAGGCGCUUUGCUCGGGCUGCUCGCCACAGCACCGCGAUCAUCACGUUGUCCAGAUCCGGAGGUCGUCCUACCACGACGUUGUCCGCGUAUCGGAGCUCCAAAAGGUCUUGGAUUUGGGAGGAGUGCAAACAUACAUCAUCAACAGCGCGAGAGUGGUGUUUCUAAACGCGCGGCCGCAGCCCCGCCACGCCAAGGGCGUCACCAAAACUUGCGAGAUUUGCGACCGGAGCUUGCUCGACACCUUUCGCUACUGCUCACUCGGCUGCAAGUUGACCGGAAUCCGACGCCACAAUGACAUGACCUUCCACUUGCCGCCCAAGAAUUCACAGCCGCCACAGCAGCAGCAGCAGCAAAUUCUCGAGGAUCACCAUCCGCAAGUCUCCGAUGAUCAUCACGGCCAAGAACAAGAGGUUUCUCACGAGCAAGGAAGCGUCACGACCGCCAUGGCGGCUGUGGAUCACGUCGAGAGCCCUCUAGCGCCGGCGGUUCCCACGAGGAGCAGCGUCGUCUCCGAGGAGACGAGCUCCGGAGGGAGCACGAUUGUAGGAAAGAGGACGCGAUCGUCGCGCAAGAGCGGCACAACCGCGGGCGAGCACCACAUCGAUCAUCACCAGCAGCAGCAGCAGCAGCAGCAGCAGAGCCAGAGCUCGCGAUCGCGGGAGGAAGACGAGGAUCAUCUAGCGGAUACCAUCGCCAAGAGCGCCUCUCGGCCGCAAAUUCCAGUCAUCGAUCACGACACGAGCUCCAUCCAGAGGAGCCUGGGGACGCUCAAGCUGGGGCGGCCAUCGCCAUCGCCUUCGCCGAGCGUGAGCAUGGAAGAGGCGGCGGCGGCGGCGCGCGUGGUGAAAUCCAAGAAGCCUCCGGGGAGUCCCAUGGCGGUGAAUUCGCCCGAGCUAUCGCCGCCCACACCGCCGCCCACCAGGACCGCCAAGCGGCGAAAGGGGACUCCUCACAGAGCCCCCUUUGGGAGCGCCAUCUAGAAGAACUCCACACCAAGCCUACGAUCAUACACUAGACACUACACUCACGUCUACACUCACACUCACGUAAGAUCAACCAUACGAUCAUCACACACACCGCAAGAUCGGAUUGGAUAUCGCCUCCACUCGCGAUCCAAACUCCUUCGUCGUCUCGUCACCGAUCGAUCGUCACGCUGGGAUCGUCUCGUACACGGUGGUGGUGGGUCUUUCUACAAGCCGGCCGAUCGAUCGACACGCGACCAUUUUGUAGAUAUCUGUGCAUUCUCUCUACUCCUCUCGGCUUGGAUCAUACGUAGGCCGCUACUCCUCCUCCUCCUCCUCAAUCGAUCGCCCAGGAGGGAUCCAUCGAUCGAAGAGGAGAUCAUAGAUUGUAUAGUCAUCACGGUUUGCGGGGGAGUCCAUACGUACUGGACCCGAUGCACCGGCAGAGCAAUCGUUCUCUGGAUGAAUCCAUAGGUAGAAACGAUUAAGUUGAUGACAUAGAAUUCACUCCAAAACUCUCUUCUUUCUUUGUUUUGGAGCUUUACAAGUCA